UUCUUCAGUCAUGUUCAUCUUUACUGACAAAGCAUGGGAGAUCAAUCUUUUAUGCCAGCGGCUCAGGACUCUUUUAUUUCAUUCUGCUUUAACUUGUUUUGUUUUGGCAUGCAAUUUGACUUGCAAAUUAAGAAGUCAUGCAGCUGGAGUCAGAUAGAUAUGCAUCAGACAGCAGCUAUUUAGCUCGCAGGUGUCUGCAGGCGUCUGCAAGCCUGCUUCAUUUUGGCCGCAAAAUCCGGCAGGAGGUCGCAGGUUGCCGACAUGCAUUGGCAGGCUCCUGCAGAGUGAUUAGUUAGUGCUGGCAGGUGAUACGGGAGGCCCUGCAGGCGUCUGCAGACAGGCCCGCCUGCAUCUUGAUGCUCUGGUGGGAGGAGUCGCAGCUGCGUGUCCUCGUCCUCACCAGCCUGCUCAUCCAAUUCCUCUUGUUUUUCUUUCUCCUUCUCCGUAGGCAGGCCCUUCCUGGUUGGUUCAGAUUCAUAAUGUGGCUAGCAUACCAUGGCGGUGAUGUUGUGGCGAUAUAUGCGCUCGCCACGCUCUUCAACCGCCAUAAGGACCAAGGUGAUUGCGGUGGCAGGAGCAGCAACACGCUGCUGGAGGUGGUCUGGGCGCCCGUCCUUCUAAUCCACCUCGGUGGACAAGACGGCGUCGCCGCCUACAACAUCGAGGACAACGAGCUGUGGAGCCGGCACCUGCUCCCCGCGGUGUCUCAGGUCACCGUGGCCGUGUACGUCUUCUGUAAGUCCUGGCCACGGGGCGGUGACGAGAAGCUGUUGGAGUCAGCGAUCCUGCUGUUCGUCGUUGGGUUUGUCAAAUGCGUCGUGAAGGCAUGGGCUUUUAAGAGAGCGAGCAUUUAUAGCCUCGUCAGCUCAGGUGCAGCAGCAAAGACAAAGCGAAAAAAUGAUGGCAACAUGGAUAAUAGAACUACACUUGAGGAGUACGUGAAGGAUGCAAGGGAUAUUGUCAUCCGACAACAACCAGAGGAAGACCCUGGCACAGCUGUAAUGACGACCUCCCAGGCCCGGGCCCUGUCAAUGGAGGUGAUCAAGAAGCCAGCUCUUGCUUGUCUCCGAGGAUUAUCAUCAAGCAAGGAUGAAGCAGCAGAGGGCAGCAGCAAUCAUCGACGAGAAAGAGCAGAAGAAGCAAGGAAACUAAGACAACAAGAAAAAGAAGAGCGUGGUGAGGUCUCUAAGCUAUUUGUAUACCUUUCAUCUUCCUACCAUCGUCGAAUCAGUAUCUUUGAGAAAUUUUGGGGUCUUAUUAUUAGGGAAGAAGAGAGAGCAUAUGAAUCCGUGCGAAGAGGGCUCGCUAGUGUUGGAGUUGAUCUCCACGAGUCCGAUCCAAAGAUCGGGCCGAACCCCUUGAACACGCCCUGA